AAAGUGAAAAGUUCUAAAUAUAUAACAUGUUCUCGAGAGCAGAAAAUAGGCAAGCAUUGGAGCAGCGAGCGUGUAAUAUACGGAUUACGGACCUGGCCUGGCCCAGUCUCCUCGUGCUCGUGCUGCACUCUGCUAUCCGUUAUCCGUUGCUCGCGUGUUAGACGUAGAUUAUCACCCGUGAAGGCAGGACACAAGAAAGGCUGUGAUCAUGGACCCGGAAGCAUUUUUGGACGUGGCCAACCAGGUCAUUAAGCUGAAAAUGUUUCCAUUCUUCGACAUUGCGCACAGUCUGCUUGCCGCAUUGGCCGUGCGCGAGGAUUUGGGAGCAAAUGCGCAGGCGUUUUCACGGAAGCAUCCGCUCGCCUGUUGGCUCUCAACCAUGCUGGUGAUCUUUGCCGGUGGCAUGGUGGCCAACGGCUUGCUGGGCGAGCCGAUUUUGGCUCCGCUUAAGAACACCGGCCAGCUUCUCGUUGGCACUGCCGUGUGGUAUGUAGUAUUCUACACGCCGUUCGAUAUUGGUUACAAGGUGGCCAAGUUCCUGCCCGUCAAGAUCGUCGCUAGCGCCAUGAAGGAGAUAUACAGGGCAAAGAAGGUGUAUGACGGUGUGGGACAUGCGGCCAAGCUGUAUCCCAAUGCGUGGAUCAUAAUGAUUAUUAUUGGCACCCUGAAGGGCAACGGAGCGGGCUUUACCAAGCUAAUCGAGCGUCUAAUUCGAGGAGCUUGGACCCCGACAGCCAUGGAGUUUAUGCAGCCAAGCUUUUACACCAAGGCAUCGCUGUUGGCGUCUAUUAUCUUUGUGCUGGACAAGAAGACCGACUGGAUCUCAGCACCGCAUGCUUUGGUAUACUUCGGCAUCGUCAUAUUCCUGGUCUACUUUAAGCUGUCAUCGAUCCUACUGGGCAUCCAUGAUCCCUUCCUGCCGCUGGAGAAUCUAUGCUGUGCCAUCUUCUUUGGCGGCAUUUGGGAUAGCCUGGCGAAGAUCCUGGGCCGUGGACAGGCCAAGGAUGGCGAUGGCAAGGAUGUGAAGAAGAAUAACUAACAAGAAAGCUAAAAAGCAAACAAACAACUAUUUGUAGUUAGCCAAAAAAGUACUUAAUGCUGCCAACCAAAGCAUACAUAUGCAUAAAAACGCACACACAUAUAUACAUAUAUAUACUAUACUAUAUAUAUAUAGCAUAGAUUAGCAAUCAUAGGCGUCGUCCUGCUUCGGCUUUCCCAUUCGCGAGCGGUUUUACGCGCUUCCUAAAAAACAAAAACUACAAAUCAAAAUGCACAAAAUAUUUGCACAGUAUAUAGAUCAGGUAUGCCAAAAAAUUCGCUGUGAAAAUGUGAAUUGACCCUUAAUUAGGGAUAGCAGAAAAUAAUACUUAUUCUAGGCCUUAUUUAAAGUAGUUUCCAAUUAGCAUCGAUUUCUUUGGCAUCCCUCUAUAAGCUGCUUGCGAAAAUGAAAGCCGGAGCGUGUGCGCCUCUUCGAAAAACAAUCGUCAACCGAAAGAUCUUCCCGAGCCAAAGACAUUUUUGUGAACUUUGUGUGGAAAUCGGUCUUGGGGAUCAGCUCUUGUGGGUGGGUGUGCCCGUGCCAGUUGGUCCUCGACUCUGAUUUCGUGCCAAGUGUUUUGUUCUUAGACCCUUGAAAAAUGUUGUAUUUUUUUUUAAUUGGUAGGAUUACAACGAUCAUAAAUAGCACAAACCACAGACAUACUUAGAGAUGCCAUACUUAAGCGUUAUAACUAAAUCCAUCAGCCGAUGCCGAAGGAGCACGCCGUCGAGUCAAGACACAAGAGCGGCGGCUUGCUCAACGAACGAAAUGUGUAAAUAUAUAUAUGGGAGGUGUGCAGAUCACGCGCGAGGAGGUUUCUUCCUUUUUAUUUCUUAUAUUUUAUUUUAUCUUUACAUUUUUAAAAUACAUUUUAAGAGUUUUAAUUGAAAACUCAAUGAUAGAUCGAAUUGGCUAAAAUGUAGACUUGUGAACACGCAUUCAUGCUGGAUUAAGGGCUUUUGCAAAAGAAACAGAGGUAUGCAUGUUUAUUGGUUGCAAUAAAUUUAUUUAAACUAUA